GCAAUAACCUAUGAAACAAAUCAAAAGCAUGGAAGCUCAAUGACUUGUUUACUGUAGAAAACAAACAGUUUUUAUUUCGCAUUUUCACUUUUAACUAAAACUAUGGAAGAAGAAUCAGAAGAUUUGGCAUUUUAUCAAGCUGCUUUGAAAUAUUUUCGCUUAGUUUCUGGUGUAUUUUGGAGCUUUCCAUUUACUUACAUUUCUAAUCUUUUUUUCGAUCAAAGCUGCAUUCAAACUUCUAAAUUAGAAAUAUGCUUAACCAUAUUUGCUAUUAUAACAUUUGCUUUCAUUCUUUACCAGUCAAUUGAAUUAUUACGAAGGUUUUUAUCGUAUUAUUUUUCCGCGCGAGUUAAACGAUCGCUUCUAGUCAAUACCGUCCAAUUCAUUCGAGAUCGUGAUACAUGGGAAUUGAAAGAAGAAAAUUGUUGCGUUUAUGCUGUUAAAGGUAGAAGACCGAAAAUGGAAGAUAGAUUUAGUGUUAUUCAAGAUAAAGAAACUGGAGUAUGUUUAUAUGGAAUAUUUGACGGCCAUGGUGGAGAGUUUGCUGCCGAUUUUGUAGAAAAACAUUUAUUUAAAGGACUUUUGAAGAAACUGCAAGCUGCAAUUCUAGACAAAAGUAAAGAAAAUAAAUUAACUGAAGAAUUUGCACGUCUUUUAACAAAAGAAAUCUUAGAAGUUGAUAUGGAAUUGCUAAUUAAAGUGAAAGCAGCAAGAAAUGUUGCAGGCACAACAGCUUUAGUAGCAAUUGUUUAUAAAAAUCGUCUGAUUGUAGCUAAUGUUGGUGAUUCUAGGGGUGUUAUUUGUGAUGCUAAAGGAAAUACAAUUCCUUUAUCAUUUGAUCAUAAACCUAUUCAGUUGAAAGAAUGCCGUCGCAUCAAAGAAGCCGGUGGAUUUAUUUCCUUUAAUGGUGUGUGGAGGGUUGCUGGAAUUCUUGCUACUUCCCGAGCCCUGGGUGAUUUUCCACUGAAAGACAGAAAUCUAGUCAUUGCUUGCCCAGAUAUAUUGACAUUUGAUCUAGCAGAUCUAAAUCCCAAAUUCAUGAUUCUUGCUACUGAUGGUUUGUGGGAUACAUUUAAUAAUGAAGAUGCAGUUGCCUUUAUGAAAGACAAUAUUAACAGUGAUUCAUAUAAAGGAGCACGUAGUCUUGUUAUGCAAGCUUUGAAAAAUGGCUCAAUGGAUAAUGUCACAGUUUUGGUUGUUACUUUUCCCGAGAUUGAUCAAUCAUGACAGAAAGAAGUGCCAAAGUGAUAAUCAUAAAAGAGUAUUUAUAAAUAUAUUGAUUUUUAUAUUGCUGUUGAAUGUUUGAAAAUAUAAAUAUUUAUUAUGCUAGCAUAACCAAGGCAACAAAAUUAAGUAUCUAAUGCAAAAAACCCACCUUUCCUUAAUAUUUGUUCCUGGAAACUAUGCAAUAUAUGUAACUUUUCUUGAUAAUUGUUCCUGAAAGCUAUGCAAUGUAUAUGUCAAUUUUUAAAGAAUUUUUAUUUUAAAAAGUAUAUUUAUUAAAAACUCUUACAAAUUUAGUGCGAAUUGUUAUUGAUAACUAUUUUUAAAUAACUAAUAUUAACACAGCAGCUUGAGCCUUAAAACACAGUAUUACUUAUUCUUACUUAUAUAUAUCAUUGUUCUCUUCACUUAGUGAGAAACUUUUAUAUAUUCAGCUUUCAUCUUUGUGGAAUUUGCAGUGAACUUUAAUGCAGUUUUACAUUUGUUUCCCCUCUUUCUUGCUAUAUUUUUGUAAGCCAUUUUUGGAUUACAAAGUGAAAUUUUUUUUAAAAAAAUCAAUUUAAAUAGAAAUGGUGCCUUUGGAUUCUUAAAAUAAACCUGGAUUGGAUUCCUUCUGUAAUAAACCUGUAAAUGGCAAUCCAUUUACAGGUUUAUUACAGAAAUGUAACUUGUAUAACUAUAAAUUGUAAUUUUUUUGAACUUGCACAUUAUAUAUAUAUAUAAACAGCAUUCAAAAAAAGAUAGCACAAAUUCAAGUACCAUAAAUUGGAUUUGCUAUUAAAGUAGAGUAUAAAACUAUAAAUUGUUUAUUAGAAAUAGUAUUUAAUUUCUAUCAGUAUUUUUUUUUUUUUAAGAACAUAAUAGGUUUGUUGCAGUUUUAUGCUGUGCAAUAGCAUUACUGUUUUCUUAAAAUUUUCAAGUUGCUGGAAUGUUUGCAUUUUCUUCUAAUUGUAAUACUUCAAAAUUGUAUCUUUGUAUUUGAAAUAAUUUGCUGAAUGAUAAAUGGUAACUUUUCCAAUGAUAAAUAAGUUGUUUUCACCAAUACAUAUAACUAGAUAUGUAUUGAUGAAAUAUAAGUGUUUUUAAGAAGUCAAUGUUUUUU